AUGACUCCCGGAAACAAUACCGCCGCGCUUCGACGCAAGCUCGUCAUUGUGGGGGAUGGAGCCUGCGGAAAGACUUCGCUACUGUCCGUCUUUGCAAUGGGCGAAUUCCCGCAAGAAUACGAGCCGACAAUAUUUGAGAACUAUGUUGCCGAGAUCAGGCUCGACGGCAAAGCUGUUCAACUCGCGCUCUGGGAUACAGCUGGACAAGAAGAGUAUGAGCGAUUGCGUCCCCUGUCCUACUCAAAGUCACAUGUCAUCCUGAUUGCGUUCUCGAUCGACACGCCAGACUCGCUCGAGAACGUCACGGUCAAAUGGAACGAGGAAGUCCGACAAAUCUGCGGUCGCCAGAUCCCUGUCAUCCUCGUCGGCUGCAAGCGCGACUUGCGAGAUGAGGCCGGAGAGAUGGGUGCGGGCAACCGAUUCGUGCAGAAGCGUCAGGGAGAACAAGUCGCACAGAGUAUAGGCGCGAGAUGCUACAAGGAAUGUUCAGCGCUGCGCAACGAAGGUGUGGACGACGUCUUUGAAGCGGCGACGAGAGCGGCCAUGCUGGUCAGAACGCCCGCAUCGACCGGUGGAGGAGGCACCAACGAGGGCGCAGAGAAGAACAAGCGAAGGCGGUCCCAUGCCAACGGCAACGGUCACGAUGGCGGAGACGAGUCGACCGACAGCCGAUGCUGUAUCAUUCUCUGA